AUGUUGCCUCUCGCAACUUGCAAAGCUGUAUCUCGUGGUUUAACCGCGGCACGUUCAUCCUUGCUGUUGGCUUGUCAACGUAGCCCCAGGUCGGGUAUUCCCAGCUUUGCUCUUUGCAGAGGCUAUGCAGAACAAUUUUCGCGGUCCAAGCCUCAUAUGAACAUUGGGACCAUUGGCCAUGUCGAUCACGGGAAAACAACAUUGACCGCCGCCAUUACCAAGGUUCUUUCUACACAGGGUGGAGCAAAGUUUACCGACUACAGCCAGAUCGACAAGGCCCCAGAGGAGAAAGCUCGAGGUAUCACUAUCAACUCUGCUCACGUUGAAUACGAGACAGCGACACGCCACUACGGUCACAUUGAUUGCCCGGGUCACGCUGAUUACAUCAAAAACAUGAUUACCGGCGCCGCACAAAUGGACGGCGCUAUCAUCGUUGUUUCUGCCACUGAUGGCCAAAUGCCUCAGACUCGUGAACAUUUGCUAUUGGCGCGUCAGGUUGGCAUAAAACGGCUGGUUGUUUUCAUCAACAAAGUUGACCAAAUCUCGGACCCUGAAAUGCUUGAACUUGUGGAUAUGGAAAUGCGCGACCUCUUGACCACGUAUAACUUCGACGGCGAAUCAACCCCAAUUAUUAUGGGAUCGGCUUUGGCUGCACUGGAAGGACGCAACGACGACAUCGGCGCUACGAAGAUUCAGGAAUUGGUCAAUGCUUGUGAUGAAUGGCUCGAACUCCCUCUUCGUGAUCUCGAGAAGCCUUUCCUGAUGCCCAUAGAAGACGUAUUCUCGAUUUCCGGACGUGGUACUGUUGCAACCGGUCGUGUUGAACGCGGAAUCGCUCUGAAAGGCAGUGACGUAGAAGUUGUCGGUUUUGGUGCCAACUUUAAAACUACGCUGACCGGGAUUGAAAUGUUCCACAAAGAACUGGACCGAGCUGAAGCUGGCGACAACAUGGGUGCUCUCCUCCGUGGUAUAAAGCGCGAACAAAUUCGCCGUGGUCACGUUUUGGCUGCUCCCGGUUCAGUUAAAGCUGCAAAGAAGUUCCUGGCCCAGAUCUACGUAUUGACCAAAGACGAAGGUGGUCGUUAUACGCCCUUCAUGAGCAACUAUAGGCCUCAAUGCUUCAUCCGAACGGCCGAUAUAACUGUUGCUCUUACGUUUCCUGAGGGCACGCCUGAUGCUGCUGAGAAAAUGGUCAUGCCCGGUGACAACGUUGAGCUUGUGUGCGACCUUUACUUCGACGUUGCGUUGGAAGAAGGAACUCGAUUUACUCUUCGCGAGGCACACAAAACAAUUGGGACCGGAAUUGUUACCAAGAUUCUUGAGUAA